AUGGAAUCAAGAUUUAAAGCUUUGAUGAAAUUAGAAAUUCCGGAUUGGAUUUUCGAUCCUUUCUCUUUUGAAGUUGUGGAUAAGCUCACUUCCUCUUUGCAGACUGAGCUUUUAGACUUGAAGUAUACUAAAGUCGUCUUUAAAAAGUACGGUUACAAGUUAGCUAGGGUAAAGCUUAUGAACACUUAUCCACAAUUGUGGAAACAAACUGAGCCGCUCCUCAUCUCGUUACCGUCAACAUAUUUAGUGGAUAGAGGAUUUAGUUCUGUCGUCCAGCUCCUCACAAAGCAAAUAAAUGGGUUGGACAUUUGCUUCAAAGGAGACCUGCGACCUGCGUUUAAGUCUGACGAACAUAAAAACUGGCAUUCAAGCUUUAACUGA